UGGUCAAUCGCCAAAUACCCCAACUUUUUCCCACCACAUAGGAUAAGGAAAAUCUUAAAUUAAAGAUAAGAAAGACAAGGAAAGAACCACGCCCCUCUAUCCAAUCCCAUCCCAUGGCGACCAUGUUCUCCCCCUCCACCUUCUUCUCCACCACCACCACCAACACCCCCAAUACCACCAUCACUUCUCCAAAACCACCUCAAACUCCACCACCAUCCAAAUCCCACCUCCCCAUCCCACCCUCCAAACCACUCCUAACUACCUUAACCGCCACAUUAACAGCCACCGCUGCCGCCGCCGCCAUCCUAAUCGCCACUCCACCCUCAUUAGCAGACUCCACGGCGGCAACAACUUACCAAGUCUACUACGGCACUGCCGCCAGCGCAGCCAACUAUGGCGGCUACGGUGGCAACUCUAACAAGAAAGACUCCGCCGAGUAUGUCUAUGAGGUGCCAGAUGGUUGGAAAGAGCGUUUGGUAUCGAAAGUCGAAAAGGGUACGAAUGGAACUGAUAGCGAAUUUUAUAACCCGAAAAAGAAGUCAGAGAAAGAGUACUUGACGUUCCUUUCUGGGUUUAGGCAACUAGCACCAAAGGACUUGGUACUGAACAAUUUGGCUCUGUCAGAUGUGAACUUGCAGGACUUGCUGGCUAGCGCGGACAAUGUGACGUCGGAGGAGAAGAAGGACGAUAAGGGACAAGUUUACUACGUGUAUGAAAUUGACGGCGUCGCUGCUCAUAGUUUGAUUUCAGUUACUUGUGCUCAGAACAAGCUCUAUGCUCAUUUUGUGAAUGCGCCCACGCCUGAGUGGAACCGUGACCAUGACAUGUUGAAGCAUGUUCAUGAGUCUUUUAAAACUAUUGGCUCCUUCUAGUUUGCGUUGAUGCCUUCUUUUUCUUCUAACAAUGUGGUUCUGCUGUGCACAUUUGAAAUACAAUAUAGAUUUCAAUUAUGAAAUAAAAAGACUUCUGAUCCCACCUGUCCAUGGGCCUUCUCAUCUGCUUAUACAAUUUUAUAAGUGCUGGAGUUGGGGGAAAAGAGCCAAAGGAAUUUGAAGUAAAUCUUUUCAGAUUUUAUGUGGAUGGGUGGUUGUUAGAAUUUGGAAAUGAGAUUUGUAAAUGUAAGUGCUAUGAG